AUGGCAGCUGCUGUCGAUGAGACUACUGAUCUCAGCAAGGAAUAUGACACCCCCAUGGGCCUUGCCCACACGACAAUGGCAGCUCUCAAGGACAGGAUAAAGCUACAUUAUGACCUUGCGAGCGAGUAUUACUUGAGCCUAUGGGGUACGCACAUCCACCAUGGGUAUUGGCCUACAGAAGAUUCAAAGGCAAAGGAGACAAAAGAAGUUGCCCAGAUCAACCUCAUACAGCUGCUCCUCGACACUUCCAAGAUUGGCGAGGGCAGCAAAGUUCUCGAUGUGGGCUGUGGAAUCGGUGGCACCUCGAGGUAUCUCGCCUCGACCCUAGGCUGCACCGUGACAGGCAUCACCAUCUCCUCGAAGCAGGUGGAGAUGGCAACUCGCCUGACCAAGGCCGACGCAGCCAAGGAGCAGCCGGACGUAGAGCUGGUCGCUGAUGCUGAUGGCUUCUACAAGCUCGGCAAAGGCAAGGUCAAGUUCAUCGAGCUCGAUGCCGAGAAGAUGGGCGAUGUUUUUGCCGCGCAGGCAGAAUCGUUCGAUGCGGUCUGGAUCUGUGAGGCACUGAGCCACUUUCCCAACAAGGCAUUGUUCUUCGAAAACGCGCAGAAGGUCUUGAGAAAAGGCGGCAGGCUUGCACUGGCGGACUGGUUCAAGAAUGAAGAUCUAGCUCAAUCGGAUUUUGAUAAUGACAUCAAGCCCAUAGAAGACGGUAUGCUUCUACCUCCGCUCUGCACCCAAUCAGAUUAUACAAAGUUUGCUGCGGCAGCCGGGCUGGAAAUAUAUGGCGGUCCGAAAGACAUUAGCCGGGAUGUGAGCAAAACUUGGGACAUAUCAUGGUCGCUUGUUCAAAAUCCAUCACUGUGGGCGUUUGCUUUGAGCCAAGGCAGAGACGGCAUCGCAUUUCUCCAAGCUUUCCGCGCAAUGCGGAGAGGGUACGCCAACGGCAGUUUCAGAUAUGCCGUGAUGGCCUUCCAGAAAUAA